AUGAGUUUUCAAAUAUUUGUUAGGGGCCUCAGAGGAGAGACAACUACAUAUAAUGAUAUUACUCCCCAGACUAGGAUUAAGAAAAUAAAGAAAAUGGUUGAAGAAAAGAUAGGUAUAGAUGCCAGGGAACAACGUCUUAUUUUUGCCGGAAAACAACUCGAAGAUCACAAUACAGCAGGGCACUAUAAUAUAACAGGAAUGUCUACACUUCAUUUAGUCAUUAGACUCCCAGGUGGCGAGAAAC